AUGCAGAAUCAGGAUCGGAAUGCGUUGGAGUCUGAGAAGGAAACCAUAUCAUCCAUACAAACAUCCGAAACUGAUGAGCCUCUCUCAUCCUUAGCAGCAGAAUACAGUUCAGGAAACUCAAUAUUGUUGGAGAAAAUCAAGGUUCUUACGGAACAAUAUGCUGCCAUCAGGCGAGCACGCGGAGAUGGAAAUUGCUUCUUUCGUAGCUUUAUCCAUGAAGAACUUGUGCAGAGGAGUAGAGAUCAGUCAGUAUCUGAUUAUGUUGUAAUGUUCUUCCGGUUUAUUACUGCUGGCGAAAUAAGAAAGCGGUCAGAGUUCUAUGAACCAUUUAUACAAGGAUUAACAAAUGCGUCAGUGGAGCAGUUCUGCAAGUCAUCAGUGGAACCCAUGGGUGAAGAGAGUGAUCAUGUUCACAUAACAGCUCUUUCGGAUGCUCUGGGAGUAGCAAUACGUGUGGUUUAUCUCGAUAGAAGUUGCCAAGAUAAUGGCACUGUCAGUGUUAACCAUCACGAUUUUGUUCCUACAAACAACACUGGUGAUGCUCAGCCAUGCAAACCGUUUGUUAACUUGCUUUACAGGCCGGGUCAUUAUGAUAUUCUCUACCCAAAAUAA